AUCGCGGAGGAUGCGGCGCGGCGAGCGGCUGCAGGGACGCGCGCAAGGUGAACGCCGGGGCUGCGGCGCCCAGGCUCAUCCAGUGAGGACUGGAAGUUGAGGGCUCUAGGCCCAGGCAUUGGUGUAGACCAUGGCCCCCAGCCCAUGGGGUCGUAUGUGUGGCCUCUUGCUGCUGUUGCCAUCCCUGGGGGCUGGCCCUGCCAUGAACAGGGGCCUUCCCAAGCCACUUGAAGACUCAGAAACCUACCUGAUCCCAAGAGCACACCCCAAGGGCCCUAUGGGCUCAGAGCCCCAGACCUUUGACUUCUUCUGGAAUAACCCCAGAGAUGAGAGCCCCUGGGACUCCGAUGUCCCCCACGCCCCUGCUGAAGAGAUGUCUGCAAAGCCUGAAGAUGCUGCCCUUGGUCCAGCCCUGCAUGGACCCAAAGCAGUCCCUGGGGCUCAGAGAGAACGACUCCCAAUAACUGAUGACCUCCAGAUGGCUCAAGGACCAAGCUCCCAGGGCUGGACAGGACCUCUGGACUCACAGGAGCCUCUGGAGCAAGAAGCACUGGCCCCACAACCCGUGGGGCCCCCCCAUCUCACUGUCAUCCCCACAACUCCCAGACUUCAACUCAAGGUGGCCACAGUUCCUCCUGCCCUGGAGCCUGGAGGCCAAGCAGGACAGCGACCACCUAGAGAUGAGGGUCUGACGGCUAAAGCCAAGAUCAGGGUCCCACACACCUCUCACUCUGGCCACCAGGGCCCUCCCCACACUCUUGUGACCCACUCAAGCACUGUCAAGAGGCCGAUGCUGGAAGAACAGGGAGGGCAGGAGGAGGACUUGCAGCAGGCAGCACAAGGCCCCCCGUUCACCCAGCAGUAUCCAGCAGCCCCCGAAGCUGGUACGGUAUCUGCAGUUGAGGGGGCAUCUUCUCAGGAGCCUGGGGCUCAGCCAGACUUGCCAUUGGCCAGAAGCCUUCCUCCUACUGAAGAGCUGCCAGUUGAGCCCCCCAAAAAGGCAGGAGCUGGGGAGGCCUGGGAAGUCAGCUCCCCAGGUCCCCCGCCCAAGCAGGCCGGCCUCCCUGAUGUUAAGGAUUCACCAGGACCCCAGCCCACAGGUCCUCCUAUCUCAGAGGCUCCGGAUGGGCAGCCCAAGCCAGAGAUAGCAGAGAUGAAUGGAGCAGACCCCAUCUCCCCCCAACGGGUGAGAGGAGCAAUGGAGGCCCCAGGCACCCCCAAGUCCCUGAUCCCUGGUCCUUUGGACCCUGGCCCAACUACAAACCAAACAGAGAGCCCUGUGGGGGCCCUGCAGCCAGAUGAAGCCGAAGAGUGGCCGGGGCGCCCCCAAAGCCAUCCCCCAGCACCCCCAGUCCAGGCCCCCUCAACGUCUCGCCGGGGCCUCAUUCGAGUUACCACGCAGCGAGCCCUGGGCCAGCCUCCCCCUCCAGAGCCCUCAGCCAGCUCCACGGCUUCAGCCCCAGCCUCUAGCCCCCCAGCCAACGCCACCGCACCCCCACUGCGAUGGGGACCCCUGCGGCGGGUGCUGAGCUUUUCCUGGGAGCUGCAUGUCUACGGGGUGGGGGUGCUCUUUCUGCUGCCCGCGUUGUUGGCACUGGCUGCGCUGGCAGCAGCCCCGUCGGGGCCCCGGCUGGCACUGGUGGCCGCGGUGCUGGUGCUAGUAGCUUCGGGGCUGCGGUCCGCCUACAUGCUCACGGACCCUUACGGCUCGCAGGCGCGGCUGGCCGUACGCGCCGGCCUAGUGCUCUACAACCUGCCCUUCCCCUUGCUACUCACGGCGCUGGCAGCCCUGACCCUGCUCGGCCUGGGCGCGGGGCUGCCACAGCCGCUGCAGAACCCGCUCCUGCUGGGAGCCUUGGCGCUGGCGCACGGCGUGGGGUUGCUCGCGGCAGACCUGCUGUCGGCUAGGCCUGCGAUCAACCUCCUGGCGCAGGGCUUGUCGUGCGCUUGGGGCGCAACGGUGGCUCUGGGCACGCUCUGCCUGUGCCGUCGCCGCCUGCUGGAUGGGUCGCGAGGCUGGGAUGCCAGCCCGGGCCCGCGGUUGCUGGCCGUGGCGGGCGCGCUGGGGCUGCUGGCCAGCGGCUUGCAGCUGGCGGCCGCGCUCUGGCUGUACCCGGGCCCAGGCCGGGUGGGCCGCUUCUCGUGGGCCUGGUGGGGCGUCCACUUCUGGCUUCGGCUACUGGAGCUGACAUGGGCACUCUCCCUGGCAUUGGCCGCUUUGGCUGCCGUGCGACCCAGGCCGCCCACGGAGCACGCUUGCUGGGCUAAGCUGCUGCGCCUGGCGUGUCCCGCGCCAUCGGGCAAGAGCGAGGUGCCUGAGCGCCCCAAUAACUGCUACGCGGGGCCCAGUGGCGUUGGCGCAGGCAGCUUGGAUAUCAGCAAGAGCCUCAUCCGCAACCCAGCGGAGAGUGGGCAGCUGGCCACGCCCAGUUCAGGCGCCUGGGGCUCAGCUGCGUCGCUGGGUCGCGGACCCCAGGGUGGCCCGGGACUGUCCCGCAGCAGCGUGGGGCCGGCGCCGUCGCUGAGCGAGCUGGAUUUGCGGCCGCCGUCGCCCAUCAAUCUGAGCAGCAGCAUCGACGCCGCGCUCUUCCGAGAGCACUUGGUACGAGACAGCGUUUUCCGGCGCUGCGGCCUGAGCGGCCUGGCCUCCCCGCCGCCUGGAGGCGCUCUGCGGCCGCGCCGGGGCAGCCACCCCGACUCCGAGCUCGACGGCGCAGGCUCUUCGCUCCUCCGCAGCCGCUGCAGAUCACUCAACGACGUGCGCGUGCGCGGCCCGGUCCCACAGCACGUGGUGGACGAGCCCGACGGAGCGGCCGCGGCGGCGUCCGGCAGCUCCCUGGACAGCUUCUCCAGGGGCUCACUCAAGAUCAGCUGGAACCCGUGGCGCCACGGGCUGUCGUCAGUGGACAGUCUACCGCUAGAUGAGCUGCCCAGCACGGUGCAGCUACUGCCUGCCCCGACCCCAGCCCCUAACAUUACCCCCGCUCAGCCCGGGGAGCCCCAGGGCGACGUCCAGCCGCGCUGCAAGUCUGGGGACUCCCGCAGCGCCUCCAGCGAUACCAUCGAACUCUGA